AUGGACUACAACAAACUCCUAGAAAACGGCAAUGAAUACAACGUGAUCGUCGAAGUCGGAAAGGCCCCUCUCCAGAAAUCAUAUAAAGUACACUCUGUAAUCUUAUGUUAUAGAUGCCCUCGCCUUUACGAAGAGCAAUGCAAGCAAGAAAGCAUUAUUAAGACCAUCAAAAAACCCCUUAUAACCACCGAUGUUUUUGAUGUCAUUAUCAAAUUUAUCUAUAGCGGUGUUAUUACACUAGAGAACGUUGAUCCUCCG